AUGAGAGUGGGGGCUUGCCUCUGGCUACCAAGCCGUCCCGGGCACUGCAGGCAGCAACAUGACUUAGGCUCCUGCCCUGAGGACCCAGGCAUCUCCAGGAUUGCUCCUGCAGCUGGCCUGGCUCUCUCCCCAGGUGCACCAGCCGUGAUGCAGCAGCCGCGAAUGGAGACAGAUGCCACUGGGGCCGGCGAGGGGCCACAGCCGGCAGUGCCCUGGUCGGCUUGGGUCACGUGGCAGGGCUGGGUGCACUGGUGCAUGUGCCGCAUGCCCCGGAGCUGGACCCAGUGGUGGACCACAUCGGGUUGGCGGCAACCAGUGCAGCGUGUGCUGUGGGGUCUAGAGGGAAUCCUCUACCUGCUGCUGGCCCUGAUGCUGUGCCAUGCUCUCUUCACUACUGGCUCCCACCUGCUGAGCUCCUUGUGGCCUGUCGUGGCUGCAGCGUGGAGCCAUCUGCUGCCGGCUGUCCUGCUGCUGGUGCUCAGUGCCCUCCCCGCCCUGCUCUUCACCGCCUCCUUCCUGCUGCUGUUCUCCACGCUGCUGAGCCUCGUGGGCCUCCUCACCUCCAUGUCUCACCCAGGCUACGCUCAGGACUUGGACCAAUAG